AUGGCAAAUAGUAGAAGUAUUGAAGCACUCAAAGGCACUUGGGAUCAUGUUGCCGAUGAAAACAUGGACGAAUUCAUGAAAGAGUUGGGCGUCGGAAUGGCAAUGCGUGUGCUGGCCAAAGGUAUAAAACCUCGUAUAAUGAUCAGCGAAAAUAAUGGCAAAUGGACAUUACGAUCAGAAAGUACUCUCAAAAAGAAGUCGGUCGAGUUUAUACCCGAUGUUGAAUUCGAUGACACAACACCUGAUGGACGCGAAGUCAAGACCAUUAUUCGUUUUAAGAACGGUGCGUGGGAACAUACAACACAUGAAAAAAGUGGAAAAGAAUGGACUGCAACUCGUUAUGUAAAUGAUGAAGGCCAACAACAAGUCGAUAUGAAAUAUGAAUCAGUGACAGCUCAUCGUCGGUUCAAACGAGUUGAUUAG